CCCUCCCCGUACGCAGCACUGGCGAAGCUGCCCCUUCUGAUUCCCGACAGGAGCGCGCCCAGCUCCAGCUGUUCCCGCGCGUCAUCGCCAUUGACCCGGGCCUGGGUCCGGCUGCUUCUGUGCGCGUUCGGUCCAUCAGGCUCCGCUUCUCUCCCGCUGUUGGCAAGGCCAGGGAGCUCUCAGUACUGGGGGGCUGGAGCCGAGGCGGUGGAGGCAGGCGUUGGCAGCGUCACCAGAGUCAUGGAGGAGCAGCCAACCUUGGAACAAGAUUGCCUGCUUCCUUUGGAGAGACAGUUCCAUGAGGCAGCCAGACGGAACAACAUUGGGAGGAUGAAAGAAUUGAUUGGGAUGGGGGUCAACAUCAGAGCCAAAAACAAUAUGGGCAGGACGGCGCUGCACUGGGCUUCCGGGGCUGGGCACGAGCAGGCUGUGAGAUUACUCCUGGAGUACGAAGUGUCUGUGGAUGACAAGGACAAGUUUGGGAUGAACGCACUGCUUCUCUCUGCCUGGUUUGGCCACCUAAGGAUCCUACAGCUGCUAGUCAAUUCAGGGGCCAAGAUCAACUGUGAAGACAAGAAUGGUCUGAACAUAUUGCACUGUGCAGCUCAAAGGGGCCAUGUACAUGUGCUGGAGUUUAUAAUGGAAGAUUUAGAGGAUGUGCACCUUGAUCGAAUUGAUAAGCUGGAUCGGACAGCUUUCCAUCUGGCGGCUGCGCAUGGGCAGCUUGACACUCUGGACUUCUUGAUCGGCUUCGGCUGCGACCAUGGCAUCAAAGACAAGGAGGGGAACACGGCCCUUCAUUUGGCAGCAAAGAAUGGUCACUCUUCGGUGCUCCAGAGGAUCAUAGAGCUUGGGCUGGACCUAGAGGAGAAGAAUGGGGAAGGCUUGACUGCACUGCAUACGGCCACUGAGGGAGGCCACUUGGACUGUGUGCAGCUCCUGAUUCAGGCUGGCAGCAAGGUCAACGCCCAGACCCAGAAGCAAAUGAACUGCCUUCACUAUGCUGCCCUUCAUGGCUUUGAUGACAUCGCUCAAGCUCUCAUUGAUGCUGGGAUCAGCGUAGAUGCUGCAAAUCAUCAAAACGCAUCUCCCAUCCAUACCGCGGUGCUGAACAACUUCCCUUCCGUGGUCAGACUCCUCAUCGAGGCAGAAAUCGACCUUGAUGUCACUGACAAUAGGCAACAGACGCCCCUCCACAUUGCUGCUGAGAAUGCGAGACAAGACAUAGCAGAAAUGAUCCUCCUCGCAGGAGUGAACUUAAAUUUGACAGACAAGCAAGGAAAAACAUCAUUGGAUGUCGCUGCUCGUGGCAACCACAUCAGCUUGGUAGAUAUGAUCAUAAAAGCAGAUCGAUUUUACAAAUGGGAACAGGACAACCUCAGAACUGAUUCUGACUCUUGGGCUGUGAAACCCUUAACCUUUAAGCAGGACCAUGGGGUGGAAACCCAGCACAUCCGCUCAGUAAUGUGGUGCUUGGCCACCAAAUACCUCAAGCACAACGACUGGAAGAAGCUGGCACAUCACUGGAAGUUUACUGAUGCACACAUUCGUGCUAUUGAACAGCAAUGGGCAGGCACUAAAAGCUACCGGGAACACGGCCACAGAAUGUUGCUUAUUUGGCUCCACGGUGUAAUCAUGGCAGCUGAAAACCCAAACAAAGGGCUAUACGAAGGGCUCGUGGGAAUUGGCAGAAGAGAUCUUGCUGAAAGCAUCAGAAAGAAAGCAAAUGCAGAUUCCAGUUCCUCCAAGAAGUGCACAAUGAUGUGACCUGGCCCAGGGGAAGCUAGUGGAGCAGUCCUCCAGAAAGUAGCUACUGUUUUAUGGCUCUGUGACACCAUUUCUCACUGACCCUAGAACCUCAAGAUCAGCAGCAGGGAAAUCUCCUGCCAGUAGCCUCUUCCCCCAGGGUUGUGCAGGGAUUUGUUUUACUUCUCCUCAGAAACCAGUCACUGUAAAUAGCUGCAGGAAUAGCUUAUGGGAUACACUGGGCUUUAGAAUCACACAAAAUUGACCACUUUGGUUUUAUUAGUGCUGUCUGCUUACCCCACAACCGUUACUAUUUAUAAGCUAGUUUGUCUAUUUUAUAAAAUUUGGAAGGGAGUACACUCCUUGUUAAUUGCAAUUCAAGAAUAUGGCUUUUCUGAGUUUUGCUAGAAGAGGACUGGUUAGGACAGGCUGUUAUGAAUUCUCAAGUAUUACAGAAAGAAAAGGCUAGAAAAAAUUACAAAGGCCAUUUUGAAUCUACCAGCUCCAACAUUUGUGAAAAUCAGAGCUACACAGCUGUGUAAGAAUUUAGAAAUGUGGCCUGAAAAUUACAUAUGUCCAAUUUUUGCUUUAUUGCAUAAUAACUCCACAGAGGGAGAUUAGGGGGAUUACUUCUUAGGAAAGUAAAUUCAUUGGCAACGAAUUAAACCUUUUUCUGUUGGCAAAAGUUGCCCAUUAGGGCAAAGGUCCAGAGAAGAGAAAGAGACUCAGAAUUUAGGGCUUGAAAGAAUCUUCAAGGAAUCAUCUAGUUCAAACCCUCCCUCCCCUUUUUCAUAAACAUGUAAAGAAACUGAUCCCAUGGCCAGUUAGCAGAGCAGGGACUAGGAUUUAGGUCCGAUGCAUCAUCCAAUUUACAUGUAGUUGGGAGGAAAGUGUAUUCUCUCAUAGGUGGUUCCCUCCCCGAAAUACAAAAAGACCUCUGGGCAAAAGGCGGAGGGCUCAAUGCAAGAAUGUGAUUUUGCCUUGAGUGCUGGCCAUGUAACCAUAUGCAGACAUUGAGUUCUCUGGGCUAUAUGUGUCAGACAGUACUUAGAUCAUAAGGAAUUCAGAUCUCCUAGUAAGAUGAGUUUUAGAAAUGAAAUUUUCUAAUUUUUUAAAAAAGAAAAAGCUAUUAAAUAAAACAAACUUUAAAUUCAA